AUGGCUCUGUGCAAGCUUAGCGCAUUCAAUGAAGAGGUGAUUAAUACACUUCCAUCCAGGGCCAGGGAGUACGUAAGAGAAAAGGCAUUGCUCUGUCAGCCGGACACGAUCUAUAUUUGCGACGGAAGUGAGCAGGAAAGUCAAGGCCUAAUUGACCUUCUGGAGAAACAAGGUAAGCAGAGCAUCUGUUCUAUAUUUAUGUUGAGUUUGCUUGGCUUCGCAUGCAUGGAGCAAAUGAAGCCGAAUUGCACAGUUCAGUAUUUAACUGUUGAUUGGCAAUUACGAUCUACUUCGUACUAG